AAAAUGCACAAUCGAUCCCCCGUUUUUUCUAUCUGGAGCAGUUGAUUUGAUAACAAUGUGUGUAAAUUUGCUCUGGCCAUCUACUCCGAUUUCAGAGCGCUCUCGUCUUUGUCUGCCAGAGCGCAGAAUAACUGACGAAUUUACGAAUGCUCAACACGCUUUGAAUAUGCUGGGAGUCAGUAAACGUCGGCAAGCUAGCUAACUUUAGCCAGUUAGCUAGGGUGCUUGACUGCCAUUGUGAGGUCAGAACGCUCGGAUCAACCCUACUCCUUGGCCUGAGCGAAACGCUCUGAGUUUACGAACGGACAAUCUGACAACUCUCUGAUAUUUACGAACGUCCAGAGCGCAGUCUGAACGCACUCUGGCACUCCAGAUUGACUUUACGAACACACCCCAAACAAGGUGCUCUCCAAUGCUCGGAAGACAUUCAUAGACAGUGUGACGAAGCCAGUGAUCAAGCAGCUCCUGGAUGACCUUUUGGAGGACAAGGUGCUGAACGAUGAAGAGACAGAAUCAGUGACGGAGGAGAACAGCACUAGGGCAGAGCAGGCACGAUGCCUUAUCGAUAUGGUGCGGAAGAAAGGGAGCAAAGCCAGUGAGAAGAUGAUUGCCAGAAUUCAGGAGAGAGAUCCUGUACUUUAUGACAAAAUGAGUCUGCCCCCCAGGCAGCCUGCCCAGAUGACACCAUCGUCGCCCCAGUUAUCACAGCAGGAGGAGCACCAGGUGUCCUCUGACCUCAUCCCCAGCACAAAGGACUUUAAGAAGGACAUUCUUCAGAGGAAGGGUAGCGAGAUUUACCCUCCAAUGGAUAAGUCUGGUCGGAAGCGUCUGGCCCUGCUCAUAAACAACGUGGAGUUUGAUGAUAAGAACAUGCUGAGACGAGGGGCAGAGAAGGACGAGGAGAACGUGGAUAGGCUUCUCAGGGAUCUGGGAUAUGAUGUGGUGAAACACAGAAACCUGUCUGGACAGGAGAUGGACGAGGCUGUGAAAGCGUUCUCUAAACGUGAGGAACACUUAUUUUCGGACAGCGUCUUCGUGGUGAUGAUGUCUCAUGGGGAGCUGGGAGCCAUCAUGGGUGUCCAUUACAAGGAAGGGGACCCUAAUCUUGACAUCUUCCCCAUCAACAACAUCUUCACACACCUGAACACAGAGAACUGCAAAGCACUGAUUAACAAACCCAAAGUCAUCCUCAUCCAGGCCUGCAGGGGAGGCAAGGAUGGGUCUGUUUGGGUCAGUGACACAGUGCCUGAGUCCAGCCUUGACCAGGGGUUAGAGAGUGACUCAAUCAGGAGGGAGCACAAAGAGAAGGACUUCAUCUCCCUCCUGUCCUGCACACCAGAUACUGUGUCCUACAGAGAUCCAAAGAUGGGCACCUUUUUUGUCCAACACAUCAUGAAGACAUUCAACACCUAUGCAUGUGAUGAUCAUAUAGAAGAAUUGUUCAGGAAGGUCAUGGGACGCUUUGAAGAUUUCCCCAGACAGAUGCCGACCAAAGACAGAGCCACUCUAACAAAGCACUUCUACCUCUUCCCAGGCCUCUGAGAAGUUGUGAUGAUUGAUUAAUUGUACUGUAAUCACAAUGGAGGAAUAAGGGAGGAGCAUAUUUUCUGUUAUUUUGUAUGGAAGUGUUUGGUAUACACUCCUUUUAAGAUCAUCACCAGUAUGUUUUAAAUGUAUACCUAUGAUGAACCUUUUAACAUUAUUUUAUCUACAAAUAAUUUAUAAUCUGCAAAUUAUAAUAUCCUCCUGUAGAGCUACUGGGUAGCCUAUGUAGUCUUGUUCCAGCCCUGCUCUAACACACAUGAUUUGGCUAAUCAACAUAAAGAUGUGUUAGCGGUGUGUUAGAGCAGAGCUGGAACAAAAAUGUAUUGGGUACUAGGUUACCCAGUAACUCUCCAGGAGGAAGAUUGGCCACUCCUGUUUUAACAUUUGGAAGAUAAGUAAAAUAAGUCUCUUUGACAAAAGCAGUAUUUGCCGAAAAUAAAUAUCUCACUGCACUCAAAAACAUGUAAUACAUUUAACAGAUGUGAUGUGCCUUUGGCUAAAAAUGAAAAUUCACUUAAUUUUGCCUAUCCACUGUUGUUAUCAGGAAUCAAGGUAAGACCAAGAUGCAGACUGUCGAAGUAACAAUGUUUAUUGUGGCAAUGGACAGGCAAAGACAGGUCAAGGCAGGCAGAGGUCGAAAAUCCAGGGUAAGGUAAAGGUACAGGAUGGCAGGCGGACUCAGGGUCAGGGACAGGCAGAGUUCAGUGAUCCAGAGGUGGAGCAAAGGUACAGGACGGCAGACAGGCUCAGGUUCAGGCAGAGAGGUUAGGCGGGAGGGUACAGGGUCAGGACAGGCACAGGUCAAAAACCAGGAGGACGAGGAAAGAGGCUGGGAACGAUAGGAGCUGACAGGAAAAACGCUGGUUAGCUUGAACGAACAAGACGAACUGGCAACAAACAGACAGAGAACACAGGUAUAAAUACACAGGGGAUAAUAGGGAAGAUGGGCGACACCUGGAGGGGGGUGGAGACGAACACAAACAGAUCAAGGUGAAACAGGUCAGGGCGUGACAAUUGUGAGGCAGUGAGCAAGUUUGCCUAUUUGUAUUUGCAUUUAUUAAGGAUCCACAUUAGCAACUACUCUUCCUGGGGUCCAGCAACAUUAAGGCAGUUAUAUACAGUUUAAAAUAUUACAUGACAUUACAUUUCAUAACACUUUACCCAAUACAUUUAGUGUGUUCCCUCAGGCCACUACUACACAAUCACAUAUUUACAAUACAACAUCCUUGUGUACGUGUGUGUAGAGUGCAUGUCUUAUCAUGUGAAUGUUAUUUCGGUAAGGAGAAGUAGAGUUUUUAAAACCACAGAUGAGGUCUAAACUAAUGACUUAUCUCCAUCAUAAAACGUUUUUUAAAUGACAAGCAGGCCUGUUCAAGCGGUGUUCUCUACACCCGUGUGCUACUUGGUAUAAACUACAGUAGAUUGGUAUGGUAGGGUUACCAGUGGCCAAUUUGGCAUAACUGAUCGGCACCCAGGCUCUGUAAUUUUUUUAUUCUUUAAAUGUUUUGUUUUUAUUUUGAUUAGAAAUUCAGUUUAGGUUCAGUUAGUUUUCAAACCUGAUUUGCUAGUUUUUAUUUAGUUUGAGUUGUAGAAAACUAUUUAUAUUUGAUUUUUAUAUGAUUUCGCUUCAGUUUUAGUGUUAGAGACAGAAAGCAUGCGUAGGAUGCUAGAAGCCGUUUGUGUUGUAUCGUUUUUUGUGUUGUUUUUUUUAUCUCGCUUCUUGCGACUGGGGGGCAGUGAUACAUAAAGUGAUGGGUCAGUUCACAGGUUAGGUCAGGGUUUCCCAAGGGGUGCACGUUUUGGUUUUUGCCCUAGCACUACACAGCUGAUUCAAAUAAUAACUCAUCAUCAAGGCUUUGCCCUAACACUAGUGUAGUGUUAUGACAAAAACUAAAAAUGCACCCCUCAGGGUCCCGAGGACCAAGUUUGGGAAGCACGGGGUUAGGAUAAAAUUAUAAAGUCAAUCUCAAUGUGCUUUGGAUUUUAAAGGAAUAGUGCCGAGACUGGUGCAAAAAACAUGAUAUAAGGAAAUUCUUUCUCACCCUUAUGUUUACAUCAAACGAAUGUAGGUCUACAUGUGUCACACCCUGAUCUGUUUCACAUGUCUUUGUGAUUGUCUCCACCCCGCCUCCAGGUAUUCCAGAGAACGCCAAUCUUGGUGUUCUCUGGCAAAUGCCAAACGUCCUGCAUGGUGUUGGGCUGUAAGCACAACCCCCACCUGUGGACGUCGGGCCCUCAUACCACCCUCAUGGAGUCUGUUUAUGACCGAUUGAGCAGACACAUGCACAUCACUAAUUUAUUGGGGGUGUCUUGCUAAUUGCCUAUAAUUUCCACCUUUUGUCUAUUCCAUUUGCACAACAGCAUGUGAAAUGUAUUGUCAAUCAGUGUUGCUUCCUAAGUGGACAGAUUGAUGUCACAGAAGUGUGAUUGACUUGGAGUUACAUUGUGCUGUUUAAGUGUUCCCUUUAUUUUUUUUGAGCAGUGUAUAUAUAUAUAUGGGUAAUGUAAGUUACAUACAAGCUUGGUGAUUGUGUGACAUUUUGAGAGAGAAAUCUAGGGACAUACUAUACCAUGAAAGAAAACAAUACAUGCACAUAGUUGGUUGAGGGGCAACUGUUCAAUGUAACAUAAUAACUCUGUGCCAGCUAUCUGACAGAUGGCCUCUAGCUUUGGUUUUCCUCUGAAAACCUGAUAUCUAAUUUGGACAAUUUAUUCUGUCCUAAAAAUGUCCAAGUAAUUCCUUGAAAAUAACAAAUAGACUGUAUAUAUUUCAUUUGUAUUGAGAAAUAAGAGGACCAGAUACCUUUCAAGAUAUAAGGAAUCUUGUACUUCUAGGGUCACUAUGAGAUAUGUUUGACCCACAGUAAGGGUAAUGAUGAUAUAUUGUAUGUAUAAGAUAUAUUGAUCAUGUACUCCAUCCACCCUGUAAAGAGCUGUAAAAACUUUUGGAGUUCUGUCAAUGGAAAUUAUGUGCGCAACACCAGUAAUUUGUUUUACUCCAUCCAUACUUUGCCAUGGGGACAGCAGAAGCCAAUAUCAAGAGCAUAAUAAACAUGUUUAUCGAGUCAUUAGG